CAAAAGGGCGCGCCGGGCUUAGGGUUUCGGGUUUCUUUCCGUGGAUCGAUCAAUCUCCAUGUGGUCGCUGAGAGCUGGUGCGAGUUAGGCGGACGUUGGACGACGAUCAGGAGGGGGGAAUCGAUUGAUGGAGUCGGCCUGCAGAUCGAGCGGAGACGAGGAGGAGCUCGGGAGGGGACGGCGCUCCUGCUCUCCGGGAGUGGAACUUUCGGCGAAGGUGGAUGGGAAGAGUGGUGAGAAGGCAGCCAUGCCCACAAGUCCAAGAUCAAAGCAUUCCGCAAUGGAGCAACGCAGAAGGUGCAAGAUCAAUGACAGAAAUGGCUUAUACUACAGAUUUCAGAUUCUUAGAGAUCUUAUACCACAUAGUGAUCAGAAGAGGGAUAGAGCUUCAUUUCUCAUGGAGGUUAUUGAAUAUAUUAAGUUUUUACAAGAGAAGGAACAGAAGCACGAAUUAUACUCAGGCUGGAAUCAGGAAAAUGCAAAACUUGUGCCAUGGAGUAACACAGAUGGCAUCUGCGACCCUAAAAAUGGGCCUGCUCAACCUGGAUUUUUGUUCAGUGAAAAGUUCAUUGACAAUAACAUCCCAGUAGUGCCAUUAAAUGCAACAAAUGCUGCAGAGACUGAUACUAAUGCUGGUACUGAUACAGUGCUUGAUCCUUUGCAAUCAAAUGCUUAUGCCUCGCUUGAAAGAGGACCUGGUUUAUCCCAUCCUCAAGAGAGGUUAGUUUCAGAUCCAGAUAACUUCCUAUCUCAGCCACAAUCUGGAUGGCAAAGAUCAUCAUGUCCAGCUGACUGCACCAUGAGCAGCGACAUGUUGAGUGAACAAGAAGAGCUAGUAAUUGAUGAAGGCACAAUAAACAUUUCCACUGUCUACUCUCAGGGGUUUUUAACAACGAUAACACAAGCACUGCAAAGUUCCGGUGUGGAUCUGUCUCAAGCUAGUAUCUCUGUUCAGAUCAAUCUAGGUAGGCGAGCAAAUAGAAGGUCUGUUGCCACUACUACUAUGUCUAGUGCAAAGGAUAACUGCAACCAUUCACCUCUCGAUCAAGUAAUGGGAGACUCGGUGGUGGGGAGCAACGGUGAUGAGUCUGAACAAGCUCCAAAGAGGCAAAAGAUUGAUGACCAUUAAGAGCUACUCAUCUUCUCUUUCUCAGUUGUCAUCCAUGCUGUUACCAUGUGACAUUUCACGAAGCAUGUAAUAUUAGAACUCAAUGCAUGUUAUUGAUCACUU